AGGACUUACUUCGAUAGUUAUCUACGCGUAAUUUUCAAAAGCGGUUAUACCGAGAAUGGUAUAUUUUGAAAAAACGUGUGAUUUGCGAUGGCGAUUAGUGUGAGAGAACUCGAGAAUGCUGGAAGUUGUUGGCGCGUUGUUGGUCUUUGUCGGCGCCGGUGGGUUGAGCAUUUGGGCUUUAAAGCAUAUUUUGGCCCUUGAACGAACCCUGAGCUUCCAAGAAUUCAAGAGCUUGUGUCAAAGUGUAUCUUCUGUCGUUGAUUUCCGCGUCCCUGAGAAAAUAACGAAACCUGUGCAGAAUGGUGGAAAUUCUCUCGACAAAGAGAUUACUCUGUGGGUGGACGCCAUUGUCUCCAACUACGUUUCAUCCUGGACUUCUACGUAUUGCGGACCCAAUUCUGCCAUCGAAAAUGAACUCAGCGACUCAUUAUCUCUCAUCCUGCGUCGUUUGGCUGGCCGAGCGAAGAAUAUCGAAACCCGUGAAUUUUUCAUUCACUCCGUUAACCUUCUCCACGACCAUCUCCUACAAUAUUCUCGGAAUAGGAAAAAGUGUCCGAGAUUGCGGCACAAGACGGCGGGAAAUGCGAAGCUUCAUUUGCAAUCGAUCACGGAAUCGCUACUAGUUGAUCUCAUCGGGGUAGAGAUUAAGAAUUGCCAAUUCGGCGUAAAGCUGCUUACAGGGGUUGUGUCGACGAAUGUAUUUUUGCCUGCGUUCGCACUACUUACUCAACCGUAUUUUCUGAACAAGCUCAUAAUUUACUGCGGAGUGCAAUUUUGGGGUGUGGAGCUUGACCUGGAACGGGAACUGAAGAUUGAUUGUCUUGGAAUAAUGGAUCUGAGUUUGGAUGAAAUGCGUGAAGAGAAUGCGAGGAAAAACAAUAUGGGUACCAAUGGCUUAGAAAGCAAUAAGAAUCAAAUUAAUAAUGUCCCAAAUACCAAGAGGACUGUUACUACUGCGCUUGGCAAGGCGCUCCAGGCAUCUGCGGGUCCGUUGUUGCCGGAAAACAUGCAAUUUUCAGCAUUUCCUUUGAUCAAAAUGUGGCCAAGUCCUACGAAGAAGCCCGCAUGUGGCAAAGUCAGAAGACCUUUGAAAAAAAGCUACUCUUUUGACUGUAGUCUGGACUUGAAUUCUCACGUGAACCUUAGCGAAAGCGCCUCAAUUGCGAACAUAGCUAUGUGUGAACGAGUGAGAGAGUCGGUUGACGACGAUUCCUUUUCCUUGCAAACAUCUUCAAUUUCUUCCUCUCCUACUUCUGCCAAAGAAUCUCUCGCCGAUAUUUCAACCAAAGAUAUGUCACCGGACCCGGAGUACGAGGAUUUUCCCGACAUGGAGACAGCUAUAACAAAGUUGAGAGCUAUGUUGGCGCAAAAGACGAGUGGUGAUCAGAGCAGCAGUAUUGAUUCUCAAGAUUCUGCGAAACCAUUUCCUGACAAGCAGCAAAGCUUGUUGGUUGAACCUGUGUUGUUGGAUAACAUCAGUAUCAUUGAUACUGAGACCAAGAAGGACUUCAGCAAUAAUUCUUACACUUUAUAUUGCAUCCGGUACGAUGUGUAUCAUUGGCCAAUCAAGGUCCUCGAAAGUGGGGAAAAAAUCGGGGAUCCCGAAGGAAUGGAACUUCGAAGAGCUGUUGUGAAGAGACGAUUCCGAGAGUUUCUCAAUUUCCAGUUGCGACUGGAGUCGAAUCCGAGAUUGAAGCACGCGUUGCGCGGCUUGAAAGGCCCCUCGAAAUGGGUUAAUUCUCCUUUUGGCAAAAACGAGGAGAGUACGGUGACUGCUAGACGCCAGUUGUUGGAGAAUUUCCUGCAAGAGCUGUGUACCAAACCCGGGGUGUGCAAUUCCUCUGAAGUACUCGAAUUUCUGGGCUAUGGUUGCGAGAUUGCAGUGGAGUACGUCAAGAGACCGAGUGUGGUUCCCGCAAAUCGUCUCGAUAAGGUUUUAGCGCGGACAGUGUCAGGAAUGUUCCAAAGCAUACGAACUGCAUUGCCAAAUUUUGAUAGCCAAGAUUCUCCCAUCGGUUCUUCGUCGUCUGGCUCAACCUUCAUGUUGGGGCAGGAGAACAAAUUUCUCGAAAGCAUUCCGUCGCCCAUCUCUAACGGUGCACCUUAUUCUUACUCCGAAUUCAUGGAAUGUGCUGAAUCAUCUGGAGAUGCAAAAAUGACUGCGCCGCUUUUUGCGGCGAACAACGGAGUGGAUCAGCAAGGAUUCGUUUCAAGCUACAAUUUUGAUUGCAUGGCUCGCGAGGGAGUUGAUCGAGUGGAGAGUCACCUUGACUACUACUUGCUCAAAUCAAAUGGCAAUGAGACGCUCAGUGACGUACUCGCGGAAUUCGCACAGAAACAAGCUCAACAGUCUGAGGAAUCUUCUGAUGAUGAAGAGGAUGAUGACGUAAAAGAAGAAGAUUUGCUGAAGUGGAUGCAUACCUGUCACGGACCCGGGAGUGCUGUGAUGGAACUGAUUUUCUCUUGCCUCCGCGAAGCCCGAAAUUCGGGAUGCGAUUUCCGUGCUCGAGAGCCAUUCCUGAACCUUUCGCUUCUUCUCUUGUGUCCACCCGUGGACUCUGUCCUCAACUCGGUGCUAUCUUCGAAACUGAGUCCAGAUUCUUGGGCUUCGAUGCUUUCGCUGCUCCGAUGGUCCUUGUUCGGCGUACAUGCCUUGGAUGAGAAGCCGGCGAGAAGUGACGCCUUGUGGAACUUGCUUUCAGCCCUGAGGCCGCCGUUUGCUGAAGAGGUGGCUAAACGAGUGUUGAGGCGGCUGUUGGGUCGGUGUUCUUUGUUUAUGGGCGGCAGUCAGAGUGUCGGUGAAGUGAGUGAGUUCUGCAUUGCGGCGUUGCAGAAUGUGCAAGGUAACAAAGAUACUGCGUUGUUGCUGGUGGAUCGAGUGUUGGCGGCUAUUCAUUCUCAGAGGUCAGACUGCGACGCAAAAGUGAUGGACCCGCUUACCAUUGGCCCAUCUGCUUCAUUCGAUCCGAAUCAACUGGCCGUGUACAUGCAGCGUGCUGCUUGGACCAGAGGAGAACUCACGUUUGAUGGCAGUGCUUGUGACGUGUCAACUCCGAUCACUGCGUUGGAUCUUAGUUUGAGAACGACGGGAGAGACACUGACGGACUCGAACGUGAACCUCAACUACACCCCGGAGACCUUCUUGACUGAGGCUACAGAGCUGUUGGUGCAAACGAGCUCUUUUGACUCUUCAGUGGGUGCAGGGAACACCCCGGGUGUGAUUGGCGCCCAAGAGGUGUACCGCGAUCCGCGCCAACGUCGUCGUCUCGCAGAAAAGGCGUCGGUCGUCACCACAGCCGCCUCGCCGAACCCCGAGAAAAACUCACCUUCCGCGAAAAGAUGA